AUGGUCAUACAAUCCAUCUGUGGAAGAUCACGGAACGAAUCCGGAUUAGUUAUAUGUAAAAGUGAGUUGAGAAAUGUGAUCAUCUGCUGGGGUCACGUAUUUCUCACAAAAACUGACCCAAAAUUUGCACGAAAAAAGAGGAGCAUUAGUUUGCUCGAGAGAGAUCGAGUCGCGAGAUGUGAGCUCAAGAAAGAUCGAGUCGAAAAGAUCAGGUCAAGAGAUGUGACCUCAAGAGAGAUUAAGUCGAGAGAUAUGAGUUCGGAAAUGAUCAAGUCGACAGGUGUGAGCUCGAGAGAGAUCAAAUCGAGAGAUGUGAGUUCAAAAAAGAUCGGUCUAGAAAUACGUUUUAAAUCGUCGUCCCACCAAAUUUCUAUCUUUGUUGCUCAUAUAAUUGAUACCAUCGGUGCUAUUUAUGAUACCAUUUGUAGCGCUCAUAUUGGAAUAAUUGAUACCAUUGGUACCAUUUAUAGAAAGCACUGGAAUGCUGAAAUAAUCUAA